AUGACUAGUCUCUAUGGGUACACGUCGCGCUUCAUCCCAGAGCUGGCUCUCCUAGGCUACACAGAUGUAGCAGCGCGCCUGAUUGGCGAACUCAACAACUAUGACUUCUACCACGAUCGUCUCGGAAGUCUUCGGCCCCUUUGGUUCCUCUGGGAUCUGCGUGCGAAGGAAGAUGGUGCACCAUGGCCUGAUGGAGAAGAAGAUAAGGUGCGUCAGGCUGUGAGGGAGAGACGAGCCAAGAUCAGCAGCGACGAUGCUCGAACGGGGAACGACGAAACGAUAACGCCCGACGAUAUAGAAGAGGAGCUGCAAGCUAUCGCGAAAGAGUUUGCGUCGAAAUGGUAUUACCCGACUGAGAUGCCAGGGCCAGGUCUUGCAGAAGCAUUCCAUGCCCACGAGCUCGAUCGCUCAGCCACCACUUCUCAGCUGCUUGAUGGUGCGAUAGAUGUCAUCCAUAGCUUUGAGAUUUCACGUCCGGCACCUACGAUCCGAGACGUGAGAAGCGGGCUGGUGCGUAUACUGAACCUGGUCUUGUCGGCUGAAGCACACCAUGAACAGCCCGGCAUGGGCGAAACACUACGCAAGUUGGGCACCCCGACAUCCCAUGAGUUGCUACGUUGGCUAGCGCAUAGCUUUGGGGAACGUUCGUACGAGACUCAGCCGGCGACGGAGUCCAGGCAGGCAUGGAAGUUGUACAAAAGCGGAGCGCUGAGACAACAACUCAACAUCAAUGAAGCAGCGCUCGCAGCCUUCGCAAAGGACUUCGAGAACGCUUUGAUCGAGCGACUCACAAAUGGUCGAGCUAGACCAAGAGCAAAUACUUCCAUGCAGGAACUCUUGGAAGCGGUAGAAUACAACACAAGAUACAACGCCGAGGCCAGAGAAGUCAAUCCCGAGCCCCCCGAAACCUUGCUCUUUCACUCCCCAGCCACCGACUCGCAGAUUGAAGAAGCCGAAGCGCGUCUUAACACCACGUUGCCAGCCGACUAUAAAACCUUCCUCCGCCUCAGCAACGGUUUCGGUUCUCCAUGGGGCCACCCACUAGGCGACCUCCAAACGCCUCUGCACCCCGUCGACAAACUGCGCUGGCUCGACCCCGCAGAAGAAGACUACUUCACUGAUCUCACGCUCGAUCUGCCCACUCGAUGGGAUAAAUGGCCUUUUGCACCCCCUCCAACUAAGAAGGCCUAUGCCUGCGACGAAGUGACAGAGCAUUUCCUCAUCGGCCGCGCGUUGGAGAUCGGUACGCAAGAAAUUGAUAAUACGUGGCUUCUCCCGCCUUCUACUAUCGUGCCGAUAAAGCAGGCGGUGAAGAAGAUGCUGAACGAUGAGACACUGGGUGAACGCGAAAAGAACAGUGUAAGGGCCGCGAUCGAGGAUUUCGCGGGUAGCGAAGAGGAGUGGGAGCAGAUGGAGUGGGAGCAGAUGGAGUGGGCGUGUAUUACGUGGGCUAGUGGAGGGGUGGCCGCUAUGUAUGUUUAUCCGAGGUUUAGGGCCUGGCUUGAGGAUGUUGUUGAGAAGGGGAGGGUUGGUUUGGAUGGUGAGGAGCAUGAAGAGCAGGAGAAUAUGUUGAAGCGUGGUAUGUGGCUGGGGAAGGUGUUCGAGAAUAGAGCAAGCGGGGCUAAGUCGGACGCGGAGGAGUUGCCGGGGUGGUUGAAAGACGCUAUUAGAGCGGCGAUGCCAAGAAGAAGAUGCUGA